AUGGCGGAAGGAUCGAUCGCGUCAGCUGUCGCAUUACCAGACCCGCCACUCGCGAGCCCCGGAGCGUCGUUCAAGAGGCGCCAGUCACCCUCGGAGGAAGACAACGACAAUAAACGACGCCGAGUAAGCUCCGGUAAUGUGCAAUCUACGGGGACAGAUGCUUCUCCAAUUUCGCAAGCGGAUGAGCGGGUGACAGCAGAUCGUAGAGCGGAAGCCCGGGGAGGGACUCGUCGGAGAAGCGGUCAGGAAGAAGAGCGAAAACGCGGCCAAAGGUUGUUUGGCGCAUUGAUUGGGACCCUUUCACAAAGCUCAUUUACAGCUACACAGAAACGACGCGCCGACAUUGAGCGGAAGCAGCAUGCCAAGUUGAAGAAGGAGGAAGAAGAAUACGGUGAAGAAACUAGGAAGCGGCGCGAGGAGUUGAUGGCUCGGAGGAAAAGGAGUCAAAAGCUUUAUGAGAAGGAGUCGCUUGAGGUUCGACAUUCCAACAUGCGAGCUACUGCUCAUUCUCUCAAAACAAAAGCGCACCCAGUCUUGUACUACAAACCAUGGCAGCUUCGACCUGAAGAUAAAGACAUCAUUAACACACAGAUUGAGGAGACAGAGGCUACGAUCGCAAGGGAAAUCGAAGAUUUCGAGUGUCGGAAUCAGCCAACUACUGAAGAAUCGCUACCCGAAGGGCAGAAGUCGGCAAAGGUACCUCCGGCAGCUGAGUCUACAACCACUGGGAAUACGAUGGAGUCUAUUGCUAACAAUGACCCAAAACCGGACGCGGUGGGUUGCGAUACUAAUCAUCACGAAGCUCCAGAGACUCACCCACAAACCGUUACUAACAAUGUUCCUAUUUCUCCGGACCGCGACGAGGAAAACAGUCACGCGAAGCCGACCGAGGAUGAUUCUGGAGAGGUGAUCUUGGAAGACAAAGAAGAUACCGUCAUUUACUAG